AUGGCAAUUCACUCAAUGUCCUGUCGGUCAAAACCCUCUGUAGGUAGCUCUUUUCGUGACAUUGACCUCUCAAUGAAAGCACCAAUGUUUAGAUAUUUGGGAGCCAUUAUUCAAAAUGAUGGCGAAAUCAGUGGAGAUAUUUCACAUAGAAUUCAAGCUGGGUGGUUUAAUUGGAGAAAAGCUAAAGGAGUUAUUUGUGACCGUAAGGUGCCUAAUAAACUUAAAGGAAAGUUUUAUCGUACUGCUAUCAGACCGGCAAUGUUAUAUAGUAGUGAAUGCUGGGCUCUAACGGGACAGCAAGAGCAUAAAGUUGGAGUAGCAGAAAUGAGAAUGUUACGAUGGAUGUGCGGACAUACAUGUAAAGAUAAAAUUCGAAAUGAGCACAUACGUGAAAAAGUGAGGGUGGCACCUAUUGAGGAAAAAAUGUUAGAAAAUCGGUUGAGAUGGUUUGGGCAUGUACAAAGAAGACCAAGGGAGGCACCAGUGAGAAGAGUGGAACAUAUAACUUUGAGUCCGAUUAAGAGAGGUAGAGGAAGGCCUAAGAGAACACUCUUAGAAGUUGUUGAACGUGAUCUCUUAAUUAAUAAUAUUUCUAAAAGCUUAAUAAAUGAUAGAGCACAAUGGCGUCUUGCAAUCCAUGUAGCUGACCCCACCUAG